AAAUCUAAAUAUGGGUUCAGCUGCAAGUAAAGAAGGAGAGGAUACAACCAAGAGAACUGUCCUCACAGUGGCAGGAAUAUCUGCUCUUGUUGCAGGGGGAUACAUCUGCUACCGUUAUGGAGUAUUUUCAAGAAAGAAUCAAGUAGAGCAGAAGGAAAAGAUCGAUCAGACUAAGGCCGAAGAAGUGAAAGAUGAAGAAGUUAAUACCAAAGACGUUAAAAGAGAGGAAGCUAAAGUAAGUCAAGAGACUGCAAUAAAAAAGGAAGAUAAAUCCAAGAGUUCUCAAGGACAAGGAGCUCCAAUAUGAGAUGACCCUGUCGUCGAAGUCGAAAGUGAAGGAGAACUCAAAACAUCUACCAAAAAGGAAAAUGAACCAAUUGAAGAAGUAAAGCUUGAUGAGAAUUUUAUUAAUAUGAUGAAGAAUUUUGAAGCUACUUUAACAGAGCCCCAAAAAGAAUAUUGUGAAGAGGAAUGAGCUAAACUUAUCAAAGAACUUAAUAAGUCAAAAGAUGGAUAUGUAGAGGAGCUUAAACACCUUAGUAAAGAUGAUAUUUUAAAAAUGCUAAAAGUGACAGGAAGAUUAGGAAAGUCUAGAAGUAAACUUAUCAGACAUAAGAAUCAAGAUACUAGAGCCAAUUUGGUAAAAUCUAAUCCAGAUGCUUAUUUCCAAUAUGCAGUAAAGUCAAUAAUAGAAGAGGAAGGUCUUUACAAUGAAAGUAUUGAUUAUGUCCUACAAAGAGUAGGAGUCAGCCAGGAUGAUUUCUUCAACAUCCAAUCAAUUUACAUGAAUGAUAGCCAAUUUUGUGAAGCAUUGACCAAGAUCGAUAUGGAGACCCUUCCUCUCAAUGAAGGCGGGGAAGAGAAACAAUUGGAGCAAAUCCCUAAGAAGGCAUGUAAGAACAUGCUUAAGCAGCUGUAUAAGGAUGCUGAGAAGAUCUUUGAUUCUCUUUACAAGCAAAAAGUGGAAGACACUAACAUGAAAGAAUUGUCUCCAGUUCUGUUCGAGACUAUUGCAAAUGACUUGAUGUUUGUGAAGAAUGGCUAUAGAAUGGACGAUGUCUUGAGGAUAGCAAGCGAUUGCAAGUUGAUGAAUGACAAAGAGUUCAUGGAUUACAUUCAGAAAUAUCAGAAUAAGUUGUUAGCUUCAAUUGUCCAGGUUGAUAGUCAGCAACCUAUGAAUGCUUAAGAGUGGUUGAGAUUAAAUU